CCUGCGCAUGGUGCCCGAGCACCGCGCCUUCGGCAGCCCGUUCGGCCUGGAGGAGCCGCAGUGGGUCCCUGACAAGGAGGGGACUCUCGCUGUGUGGACUGCCCGGCGGUGGUGUCUGAGGGAGUCUUGGGAGUGAGUACGCGCGUCCAGGUGGGGCGUCUGGAGGGCGUCCUGCCUGGGGAGCUGCACCUGCUCCCAGAGUGCCCGAGGUGCAUGCAGUGCGACACCAAGUUUGACUUUCUCACCAGGAAGCACCACUGUCGCCGGUGUGGGAAGUGCUUCUGCGACAAGUGCUGCAGCCAGAAGGUGGCGCUGCGGCGCAUGUGCUUCGUGGACCCCGUGCGGCAGUGCGCCGAGUGCGCCCUGGUGUCCCACCGGGAGGCCGAGUUCUACGACAAGCAGCUCAAGCUGCUCCUGAGCGGAGCCACCUUCCUCGUAACUUUUGGAAACUCGGAGAAGUCAGACACGAUGGUCUGUCGUCUUUCCAGCAACCAGAGGUACCUGCUUCUGGACGGGGACAGUCGCCACGAGGUCGAGGUCACGCGCAUUGCCGCCGUGCAGAUGCUCACAGAAGGCUUCCCUCCUGGAGAAAAAGACACGCACACUUACACCAGCCUCCCGGGGAGCCAGCCCGUCUCCGAAGGAGCCUCUCUGCGCUCCUGGGCCUGCAGGUGGCGAGGGAAGCGGGCCGGCGCCGCGUUUGCCCCCCGUGCCCGAGCACAGGCUUGUGCGUGGCGGCACCUGUGCUGCGCCGUGAGUCGAAGGAGGCAACGCGCGGGCCACAGGCAUGACCCUGCAGUACACGGCGCCAGGGGUGGAGGGCGUGACGCAGCUGAAGCUGACGGCCGGGGAGGACGCAAACGGCAGCAGAAGGCAGGCGACAGCAUGGCUGGUGGCCAUGCACAAGGCUGCCAAGCUUCUCUACGAAUCUCGGGACCAGUAACGCCACGCGGGCUGGACAGUCUGCUAGGGGCAGCAGCACCUGCUCGCCGAGCACGCACAGGCGCAACUAACCCUACACGUGCUGGAAACGCAACUCAAGUACUCGGAGCUUACUUAGUGCAAUAUGUACACAGUUGAUUAAUGCUCAGAACACCUCGUGCUUUAGAAUUUGUCUCUUAUCGAUGCGUAAUUGGGGUGGGAGAGACUGAGCUACACUACUGCUAAACUCUUUUUAGCAUAAUCUAUACCAUGUUUUUAUGAGUGCCCAAGUUUACUAGAUGGUUCUGGUCCCUUGAUGUUCGUUCCAUUAAUUCUUCCACGGAAGUGAUCUGGGCAGUGGUAACUCGGCCUGAUUUGUACUGGAGCACAUCUCACAGACUGCCCGUUCGUGUGUCACUCAUCUGGGGCUAUGAACAAACCUUUGCUACUUCACAGGGGAAGGAACAAGAUUUGUGUUUUGUACUUUUCACUAUUUCCCUUUAUUAAAAUAAUUGUACAACAAUUUGUAUAUAAAGCUUAUGAUUAAAACCUAUUUUGAAAAUA